AUGCAGAAAGCCAGGCGCCCCCAAGCAGAAGCAGAAACUGCUGCAGCAGAAGCAGACUGUCUGGCUGCAUCACCAGUGCAGGAAGCUCUCAAUGCAGCAGUUGCAGCAACAGAGACUUCAGCAGCAGCAGCUGUUGCUGCUGCAGCAGCAACAACAGCUGCAGCAGCGACAACUACAGCAGCCGCAGCAGCAGCUACAGCAGCAGCAACUCCAGCAGCAGCAGCAGAUGCAGCACCUCGUGAAGCACCGCGGGCUGCUGCACCCGGGCUCUGCAUGCACAGCAGCAAACUCGAAGCAGCAAAGACAGAGCUGCAGCAGCAGCAGCAGCCAUCAGCUGCAGCAGAAGAGAAGGGGGGGGAUACGAAGGGGGCCCCCGAUGCGGCAGCAGCAGCACAGACAGAGGAAAAACAGCAGCAACUGCCGCUGCAGCUGAGUCUGCAGCAAGAGCAGCAGCAGCAGCAGCAGCAGCAGCAAGAGGAGCGGAAGCAGCCAGAGAGACAGGAGACGCCGCAGCAAGACGAACAGCAGCAGAAAGAGGAGAAGCAGCAGCAGCAGCAGCAGCAGGAGCUGCAGCAGAAACCGCCGCAGGAGCAGGAUGCGCCACAACAAGACGUCCAGCAGCAGCAGCAGCAGCAGCAGCAAGAACAGGAGCAGCAGCACCAGAAGCCCCCAGAGGAACGGGAGGCGCCGCAGCAAGGCGAGCAGCAGCAGCAGCAGCAGCAGCCACAGGUUCAGUCGGAGGGGCAGAAAGUGCUGCAACAGGACGAGCUGCAGCAGAAGCAGCAGCAGGAGCAGCAGCAGAAGCAGCAGCAGCAGGAUGAGCACCAGAAGCCACCACAGGACCCGGGGACCCCGCAACAAGACGAGCAGCAGCAGCAGCAGCAGCAGCAGCAGCAGCAGAAGCAGCCACAGGAACAGGAGAGGCCACAACAAGAUGAGCUGCAGCAGCAGCAGCAACAGACGCAGCAGCAGCAGAAGGAGCAGCAGCAGCAGCUACCGGUAAAGGAACUGGAGGCACCGCAACAAGACGAGCAGCAGCAGCAGCAGCAGCAGCAGCAGCAGAAGCUACCACAGGAACGGCAGGUGCUGCAGCAAGAAGUGCAGCAGCAGGAGAAGGACCAGCAGAAGCAGCAGCACGAGGAGCAGCAGCAGAUGUUGCCAGAGGAAGAGAGCACGCCGCAGCAAAGCGAACAGCAGCAGCAGCAGCAGCAGCAGCAGCAGCAGCAGAAGCAGCCACAAGAACAGGAGAGGCCACAACAAGAUGAGCUGCAGCAGCAGCAACAACAGAAGCAGCAGCAGCAGCAGCAGCAGCAGAUACCGCUAGAGGAAGUGGAUGCGCCGCAACAAGACCAACAGCAGAAGCAGCAGCAAGCGCAGGAGCAGCAGCAGGAACAGAAGCAGCGGCAGGAACAGAAGCAGCAGCAGGAACAGAAGCAGCAGCAGCAGCAGCAGCAGCAGCAGCAGAAAUCGCCACAGGAGCAGGGGACACCGCGGCAAGACGAGCAUCGGGUGCAGCAGCAACAGCAGCAGCAGCAGCAGCAGCAGCAGCAGCAGAAGCAACAGCAGCAGAAGCAGCAAAAGCCCCAGCUGGAACAGGAGGCGCUGCAACAAGACGAGCAGCAAAAACAGCAACAGCAGCAGAAGCAGCAGCAGCAGCAGAAGCAGCAACAAGAGCGGGUGGUGCCUCAGCAAGACGAGCAGCAAGAGAAGCAGCAGCAGCAGAAGCAGCAGCAGCAGCAGCAAAAACAGCAGCAGCAGAAACCGCCGCAGCAGCAAAAACAGCAGCAGCAGCAGAAGCAGCCACAGCCGAAGCAGCCGCAACAGAAGCAGCAGCAGCAGCAGCAGCAGCAGCAGCAGCAAAAGGAACAACGGCUGCCGAAGAUAGCUGCUGAGGCUGCUGCUGCAAACACAAAAACGAAGGACGCCGCAGACAGCCUCGAUGAAGCUGCUGCUGCUGGUGAUAGGGAGCAGCAGCUGCUGCUGCAGCAACAGCAGCAGCAGCAGCAGCGACAGCAGCAACGGAAGCAGCGAGACUCUGGGGAAGCCCGAGGCGUUAGCAGCAGCAGCAGCAGCAGCACCUGCAGCAGCAGCACCUGCAGCAGCAGCAGCAGCAGCAGCAGCAGUUCGCCGCCCACAUACCCGGGCCGGAAAGGCUCAGGAGGAGCAGCAGCCCCACCGCCAGAAGCAGCAGCAGCGGACCCAGCAGCAGCAGCAGCAGCAACAGCAGCAACAGCAGCAGCAGCAGCAAGCAAGGUGUAUACGCUGCAGGAGAUGAUGCAGUAUGCAACCCGCAGUCGGCGGCACCUCCACUCGGCUGCAUCUGCAGCAGACAGCAGCAGCAGCAGCAGCAGCAGCAGCAGCAGCAGCAAAGAGGCUUCACAGCAGCUAGCUGCUGCUGCUGCGGGAGAGGGCCUCGAUCAAGCAGCAGCAGCAGCAGCAGCAGCAGCAGCAGGAACAGCAAAAGGAGCAGUGAGUGCGGAUGAAAGUAACCCGCGCUCGUCUGCUGUUGCUGCUGAUGCUACAGUUGCUGCUGCUGCUGCUGCCGCUGCUGCUGCUGCUGCUGCUGCUGCUGGGGGUGUGAAGGGCCCCCCGUCUGUUGUUGAUGCUGCAUAUGCAGAGAGGGAGGCACACUACCGCUCUUGCUUCUGCGAGCCGGGAUUCCGUUUGCUGCCGCGGCCUGGGGUAGGAGGAGAUGCUGCAGCAGCAACAGCAGCAGCAGCAGGAGCAGCAGCAGCAGCAGGACCAGCAGCAGCAGCAGCUGCUGCAGCAGGUCACGGCUUAGCACCCUCUGGCGGCAUUUGGAAGCCUCGGCAGCCGCUAACACACCCAGCAGCUCGCCAGGCAAUUUCCUUGUUUCUGUUGUGUCUGCAGCAGCAGCAGCAGGAGGAGCAGCAGCAGGAGCAGCAGCAGCAGGAGCAGCAGCAGCAGCAGCAGCAGCAGAUGAUGUUUCUUAUAACCACGAUAGAGAAGACAGCAAACCCCUCCUGGGGGCCCCCAGGGGGGGGCCCCCCUCUGCCCCCCCACGGAGGAAGCAGCCGAGGGCCCCCAGACCCCCUCUUGCUGCUAUGCUGCACGGCUAUCACAGCUCGGCGUCCUCUGAUGUUCGUUCUGGGGUGUAUGGACACCCCAACCAAAAGGUAA